GGUAUUGCGUUUCGCGACCACCGUAUUAGCCGAGUGCGUGGUAUUGCGACAAUCGUAAAUCGGCAUCAUCUGUUAUUUGUACUGCGGAUUCCAGCCCCGGCGUUUGGAUGCAGUGUUAUUCACGUCUCCCCUACCGAUCUUAUACCACAGCCAAAAAUCAUCAUGCUAGUUGCACUAGUACAGAGCGCGAAAUCGACCUUGUCGGCGGGCAUUCGGUCGUUGCAUUUCGGCUGUAACCCGCAGUUCGUCAGACACGUCGCCGGCGGAACUCGCGCUUACUCGUCAAAUCGGGCAAUGUCCGUACCCGAUCCGACCUUUCCCACGCUCAUGACCCCCUACGGCGUACAGCGGAAAAUCGAAAAAUCGCGCAGCGUGCGCGUUCUCGACUGCUCGUGGCACUUUCCGUCGUCGGCGCGCGACGCCAACAAGGAGUAUCUCGUCGGCCACAUUCCGACGUCUCUGUUUUUCGACGUGAACGAGUGUGCCGACAGAUCGUCGGGUCUGCCGCACAUGCUACCUACCGCGCGCGUCUUCGAGGAUUACGUCGGCGAGCGCGGCAUUCACAACGAGACGCACGUCAUCGUCUACGACACGUCGGAGAUGGGCAUGUUCUCUUGUCAGCGCGUCUGGUGGACCUUCCGCGUCUUCGGACACGAGAAGGUGUCCAUACUCGACGGCGGGUUUCAGAAGUGGAAGGAUGAGGGUUUCCCGGAGACAGACGAGGUUGAGUCGCCGCCCCUGGAGGAGUUCGUCGCGCGCUACAAGCCGAAUCUCGUGCGAGACUUUGAGGAUGUUGAGACGAACCUGAAGGACCAGGCUGCGGUCGUCAUGGACGCGCGUCCGCCGGGGAGGUUCGAGGGGAGGGAGCCGGAACCGAGAGAAGGUACGGAACCAGGACGAAUGCCGGAGUCGAUCAAUGUUCCGUUUGGGUUGAUCAUGGAUUCAGACAAGAAAAUCCUGAAGUCCGAAAUGGAACUACGCAAGGUGUUCGACGAUCACAACAUAGACCUGAUGAAGCCACUGAUCGCCACGUGCGGCUCGGGCAUGACGGCGAGCGGCCUCGCCCUUGCUGCCUUCCUCUGCGGCAACUACGACGUUUCCGUCUACGACGGAUCGUGGGCCGAGUGGUACGCGCGCGCCAAGCCCGAGGACAUCGUCCGCUACUAAGGUCGCCACGGCAACUACGCCCGCGAGCACCCUCUCCCGGCGAGCGUCUCGGAUUUCGUCCGGUGCGCUGAGUUUUUCGUUGCUUUUCGCGACGACGCUCGCGCGACGAGAGAGGGGAAGCGGGAUCGUUGCCCGCGAGGGGAUUUUCCGUCGCCCCCCUCGUACGAACGCGCUCGCGGAAACGGUUCGGCGGCUGCCAUUGUGUACUCGGGGCGCGUGCGGGCGAGUUUAUCCGAGUACAAAUACGAUGAUCUGUUCCGUUGUUAGGUGGAAAGUUUGGCGGCAAGUCGACCGAUCCCGGUCGCUAGAUUUCCACGAUCUAUCCGUUUUCUUAGAUAGAUAGAUAGAUAGAUAGACGAUGGCCUAACGAGGACGCCAGCGAUGCCAACCACUACGAUUUAUCCGUAUUUUAUACGAAUUUCUAUUCCUUUACCACUACGACCAGUUUGUAUCAAACUACGAAUUUCACUGUGAUCGGGAAAAAGUCUUUUUUUUUUAUUUAUUGUAAUUUCGGACUCUCAGAAUGCAGGAAAUUGCAUCUCAGAAUCAAACAAUUUUCAGGGGGGCAUGCCGGCCCUCCCUAGCUAACUCAGGUCACUACGUGACCCUCGAACUACUAAUUUGAUGGCCAGAAACUACAGAUUGCUUUAAAUAUGUGUUUGCAUCUCUGGGACGCAGUGAGUGCUAGCCUAUAUCAGAGCUUUAUUUCUGUUUGUUUUUUGUCCUUUUCGUUUGCCGAAUCGUUGCCGUUAUCGAACUAUAUAUAUUUUUGUUGUGGUAUGUUGUGUUUGCACACUCGGUAGCGUGGGUGUCGUCGACAUCGGUGCGUUGUCUGCCGCCGUGGCCCUAAGCCAAGAAGGUGAAUGAGUUGCCACGCCCCUAGGCUGGAUAUUGACUGAUCACAACAUGUGCACCGUGCAUACGAAACAAAUUUUUGCCUCCGUUAUCGGGUUCCCCCCCCCCAUCGUAAUUGUCAAACAUUGCCUACCAACAUUUUUUACACUUGCCGAUGGGCGCAUCGAGUUUACUAGCAUGCUGUAUUUACGCUAAUUAGGUGUGUGGUCUUUUGAUACAAAUUGCUAUUAAAGUAAUCGACAAUUAGAAGGUCUACUGUCUACGCACUAAUUCAGUUGAUCGUCACAUCUUCUUUUUGUACAUAUUUAAAUCGUGUGAAAAUGGUGCCGGAUUAAAUUGUUGAAUCUUGAAUUGUUGAAUCUUGCGCGCUCGCUUUUCGUUAUGUAAUUACGAUUGGUCGACGCCAACGUUGUGAAGGAAGUGGUUUUCACUAAUGUCAGUAUGAUCAUGUUGAUUCAAAAACAGUUUUGGCAAAUUACCCGGUUGUUAUGUUGUUCUCGUGAGCGGGGCGUGAUCGGCCGUGUGCCUGCGUCGUUUCGCAGCGCACAGUCGAUGCGAACUCGCGCGGUUAAAUUUUUUUUAACUGGCGUCACAGCCAGCUAGUCAAGUCGUGCACGUGUUCAUCUAAAAGUAGUAGGCUGCUGCGCGUGGCAGCGACACUCAUGCGCGUGUGUGUGCUAUAACAGAAAAAAGUACACCGCUAGCUAGUGCAUCAGAGAUCGGUUUUUUUCCGGUUAGUGAUGCGUUCAAGGUCACGACGAUCGGGAUUCCUGUACGUGACAUGUGCACGGUGCCGCGGCGUCUGCUGGACUCUCAUCGUUAAUGAUGCUUCGUUAACGAAUCCUUGUUAACUCGUUGGAAGAGGCAAAUUAAGGUUUUCAGUACUUUACUUA